GCAACCUGCUCACCACCUACCAUGGGGAACCCCGCUUCGAGGCUCGGCUGCUUGGGGGAGAAGAGGAGCCGCUCGCACACCAGCCCUAGAACCCACACCAGCCCCGGGACCCGAGAGGACCUCUCUCCAUCUGCGGCUCCUCAGGGUCCACUUCCACCGGGGGUCCCCUGGGCCUGGUGGGGCUCCCGUGCUGUUCAGGUGACAGAGGUCACAGAGACAGUGGUGACAGAAACAGUGGUGACAGAGGCUGUGGAGAUGGGGCCCUGUGGGCACAGAAGGCAGCCAGCCCAGGCACCCCUCGCAGCUCUGGACACACUGUGUAGCUGGAUGGAUGGCAUGGAGGACCUGCAGGCCUCACAGGGACCCCUGGCUGCAGAUGCCACUUUGGCUGCCUCCCAGCUGCGGGAACAAGAGCUGCUCCUGCGCCUGCUGAGGGAGCGUGCACCUCACGUGGAGCCAAGAUUGCAAGAGGCUGGGAGUCCAGCAGAGCUGUGCACGCAGUGGCUCCGCCUGGUACAACAGGCAGAAACCAGGUGGAGGCUCCUGGAGCAGCUUGUCCCGGCAGCACAGAGCUUUGAAGCAGCCUGCAAGGCUCUGCUAGUGCAGCUGAGCCCGAGUGAACAGCUCCUGGCUGAGCUGCAGCGGGGGCCCGAGUGCCCUGAGGAAUCCUUGCAGGGCUUCCAGGAGGUGUGCGAAGGGGUUGUGGCACGUGCCAAGGACCUGGAAAGGGUUUUGGAGACCGGCUGGAGGCUGGCAGAGCUCCUCACAAAUGACCAAGCUCAGCUGGUACGGCUGCAGCUGGAUCACUUCCAGGAGCGUGUGAGGUUGACGGAGUCACAAGUCGCCCGUGCCCAGCAGAAGCUGCUGUCUGCUCAAAGAACAGUGUCCUCCAAGUCCUCACCACCAGCAGGCCUGGAGGCCCAGCUUGAAUUGGAGGGGUCUGCCUCAGCACAUCCAGUGCUCAAGGAUCAGAAGCAGCUGAGUGUCCAGCUGGCCCAGCUAGCAGAGCGUCUUGAACAGCUGGCACAGUGGGCAGAGACUUCUAGUCAUGCAGCGGCAUCCGCAGUGACCAUCUGGGACCAGAACCCCUCGUCAGCUGUGCUUCAGGCAGACACGAAGCCCCUGGAAGGGCACUGGUUAGAGACUCAAGAGCAAGACACUGGGCCGAAGGCCAUAUGGGAGCCAGCUGUGCAGAUCUUGUGUGGCCUCAUGGAGCAGGCAGUCACUGAGGAGCUGAGGCCUGACCAUGACUGGAGCUCAGCCUUGCAGGAGUCCCUGUGGGGAGAGCAAACCCUGGUGGUGUCGUGGCUGAGGAGGGGCGGAGACACUGCCCGUGGGAGCACCCACCCCUUGGGCCUGCUAACGGACCAGCUGGGCUGCCAGGCUGCCCUGUCCAGCCCCUCCUGUGAGAGGAUGCACACGCUGGAAGGGAUGCUGCUGCUUGUGGGCCAUCUUGCCGAGAAGCUGGUCCUGUGCUCCCAAAGGCUGACCCAGGCUGAACCCUUGGGGAACAAGGUGGGACCAGCACAAGCCCAGAGCUGGGUGUUAGAGGAGCUGCCUGGGGCCCUGAGCCUAAAGUGCCGGAAUCAAGCCCCAAGGCAGGUACUGGCUCUGAGGAGUCUUGACCAGGGGACCCCUGGGGAUCCUGGGAGUAGAGCUAAGGCUUGCCUCCUGGGGAAGACUUCAAAAGAACAGAGCUGGAGGCCUUGGUGGGCAGAUACGACCAUGGAGAGUCGGAGUUGUAGGAAGCCAGAGCAUAGCAAGAGGAACCAGGAGAAAAGGGCAUGGGUACAGAAGGAACAGGGCCACCAAGAGCAGGACCUUGCGGACAGCUUCCAGGCGGCUGAGGAGCAGGACAGGGAUGGACAAGGCUGGCCUGGCUAUUCCUGGGGGAAGUGUGGGCCUGACCACAAGCACCCUGCCGUGUUGGGGCCAGGGCUCUCUGGUGGCCAGAGACAGCCACACAGCACGGCCAGAACAAGGAACAUAGAAGGGACAAGCACACCAGUGGCCAGAGGCAGGCCCAAGGUCCAAGGAGCCUUGGCCACAAGAGGAACCCUGAUGGUUCGUGUUGGAGGUGGUUGGGCAGCCCUAGAUGAAUUUCUGGUCAAAAAUGACCCAGUCAGAGCAAGAGGCAGGACCAGCCAGAAGAUCCAUGAGAGGUUCCUGUGCUGGACUCCUAGUGAGUCGGCGGCCCCUGAAGUCAUCACCCUGAGCCUCUGGACCUCCAUCCGAAUGAGCUCUAGCCGGCCCCUGUCCCAGAAGACAGGGUUGCAAACUGGCAAAGACCACAAGAGACCCCAGCUCCUACAAGGUCAAAACCCCGGAGCAGCCCACUGAGAAACCAUGAAGACUCCAAGAUCCAGCACACAAGGACAAGAAACAGCGGCAGAACUCGCUCAGGGACUGAGCAGGAGGAGCCGGGGUCACAUGGUCCCAGCACACAGGGUGGGGCUCUCCCUCUCAGCAAUAAAGAGGAGUUAGGGGAACGGAAA